GGGUAACCUUCUCCCAAGGAUCAGCCAAUGUAACCAAGACUUGCUUACCAACUCAAACGCUAUCAUCCCGUUGCCGAUUAGGUUCAAGGCCAUCCAUGACUUCUCCACCCACUCGGUCAUGGUGGUCCUCAUCGGUUGAAUCUACACUAACAUGGCCGAGCCUUCGCCCCUACCACCUCUUGAAGGCGCCUCUGACCUCGGUUAUUGACAUGAACGACGACUUUGAAGCUGUAAGGCUGAAUGCGGAUCCUCACUAUGCUUCGGUUCGUCUGCCAGUUCAUCUCCCCCCUCCCAAUGGGGCACUUGAUGAUCGAGCCGAAAUGACGCAGCUCAUCGAACGAUUCGUCAAGUACAUUCACGCUAAGCAGCCCCUGGUCGACCUCGGGGUUCUCUACAGUCAGAUCUCCGUGGUAGAGGAGGAAGGGCUUGGCUGGGAUGCACCUACAUGUCUGCUGUUAAUGGCUUGUGCCCUAGGGAGUAUCUGCAUGCCAUAUGACCACAGAAAGUUAGAGGAGUACUCAGAGGCGUCAAUAGAUCCGGAACAGUACCUGCGCAGCCGCGAGUACUUCGAUGCCGGCCUCAAAAGACUUGGUUUCAUUAUGGGCCAUGCGAGCAUUGUCGGUGCACAGUGUUUCUUCCUGACUGCUGGGUACUACGUAACGACAUUCAAACCGCUCGCCUCAUGGAGAUGCUUGAACAACGCGAGUAUCAUGUGCAAAGAUGUAUUGACCAAGAGCCUAGGCGGGUCAGCCAUGAUUCAGGCGGCUUUAGGGAACACGAAGAAGAAGCCAGAUAAUGCACAUCGUAAACUCUUCUGGAGUUGUCUCAAGACAGAGAGAGAAGUCGCCUCUGAACUGGGGCUUGAAAUUGCAAACGCUCAGCUGAUUCAGUAUGAGAACAUGUCAUCCCUUCUACCAGACCUAGAACCUUCAUGGUCAUCCCCUCCCGGCAUAGGUGGCAGUUCUGAUUCAUCGGCCGCACAACACGAGCAGAGCUGGAUGUACUACUUGACAGACAUCUCGCUUCGGAAGCUGGAAAUCCGAAUCGAAUCAUUUUUCGCCACUCAACAGGCAGAGCAACACCAACCAGUCAACGUGGACCGCGAGUCAUUCUACCGAGACAUUCUCAACACCCUGGCAGAUCUAGAUAACCAGAUCAUGGUACAUUUCGUUAACCUUCCGGAUUCUAUCACCAUUGAGACAGACGAGUCCGGCCAUUCCCCCGACGACCUGCGAGAAUAUUUGAGGCUCCGAUUGAUCAUCAUUCGCCACACACUGAGCAGGCCUGCCCUCCACUUCAUUCUUCAUCGAGACCUCGACGGACUAUCCAUGUCGCUACAAGCUCAGGCCAACGAGCUUGCAAAUAGAGCUCUCCGGAUCGAUAGAUACCUUGUAACCCAUGGACUUACUACACAUCGCCACCCCGGGACCUGGCUCGGUAUUCGUUACUGCGCAUGUGCGGCGUUAGAGAUCAUAGCCACAUCAAAGAGUGGUAUACCGGGUCUAGACUGUCUUCCAGUCUGGGAGCCCGGCAUGCAGAAGUUGAAGAUUGCACUUGCGUAUUGGGGUGCUGAGAGUGCGGAUGCCAGGAUGUAUCUUGAGUGGAUUGUGCGCUUGGAAUCACCACCGCUAGAAACUGGUUGUGAGACUGGUAUUUCAGCCAUGGAUGCUGAUUGAAGGCGCGGAGAAAAUCUAAUCAUUCCAUAUCAAAUUGGCUGAGCAAAUAUCCGCACUUCCAUGUAU